GAGAACGGGAGAGAGAGAGAGAGAGAGAGAGAGAGAGAGGCAGUGAGAGCGGCGCGCCAGGCACCAGGAGGAGAGCAUCUUGCGACUUCAUGUGGGAAGGAGAACUGCAACUUUCCGCAGAGGAAAAAAAAAAAAGUGUUGCGUAUUUAUUUGGACAUACAAUGCGACUGCCCGGCUUCAUGUUGGAUUUUGACACCUCACCACUUUGACAGGAGCGCAGCCCGAGUCUGUAUGCUCUGUGGGGGGAAUUUCAGGAUUUCCCGAGUCAAACUUUUUGGUCUGGACAUCUAGGAAGCCACUCGGGAAGCAUACAAAACCAUCUUUGUACUGCUCUCUCUCUCUGGGAACAUACAUUGAACCUCAAAACCACGAUGGAUGAGGAGCAGUGCUACUACAAUGAGACCAUUGCCUUCUUCUACAACCGCAGCGGCAAGUACCUCGCGACUGACUGGAACACGGUCAGUCGGUUGGUGAUGGGCCUGGGCAUAACAGUCUGCAUUUUCAUCAUGCUGGCCAACCUCCUGGUGAUGAUCGCCAUCUACGUCAACCGGAGAUUCCACUUCCCCAUCUACUACCUGAUGGCUAACUUGGCAGCUGCGGACUUCUUUGCCGGACUGGCCUACUUCUACUUGAUGUUCAACACGGGACCAAACACGAGGCGUCUGACUGUUUCGACAUGGCUUCUCCGGCAAGGCUUGAUUGACACCAGCCUGACAGCCUCUGUGGCAAACCUCCUCGCGAUUGCCAUCGAGCGCCACAUCACAGUAUUCCGCAUGCAGCUGCACACACGCAUGAGCAACCGGCGCGUGGUGGUUGUAAUCGUCAUCAUCUGGACCAUGUCCAUAGUCAUGGGAGCCAUUCCGAGUGUGGGCUGGAAUUGUAUCUGCAGCAUCAAAUCAUGCUCCAACAUGGCACCGCUUUAUAGCAAUUCCUACCUAGUCUUUUGGGCUGUCUUUAACCUGGUGACCUUUGUUGUCAUGGUGACGCUCUAUGCCCACAUCUUUGUCUAUGUGCGCCAAAGGACAAUGAGGAUGUCACGUCACAGCUCCGGACCCCGACGUAACAAAGACACAAUGAUGUCACUGCUGAAAACCGUGGUGAUUGUGUUGGGUAAGCAUCCUCCUUCUCCUCGUUCUGUCUGUCUAAAGAAAUUGCUUGUAGGCUGA